GACUUUUAUUUUGAACAGAGCAAACCAGGAAGUGGUGUGAUGACGUCACGUGAUUGGCAUGUGUCGAGAACCGGGGGGGGUACAGUUUUAACGGUCAACUUCAGACACGAUUAAAUCAACAACGCGAAUCGAUCCUAAACAGCAAACAUCGGUAGAAGGAAUUUGUAAGAGCAAUUUUCCCCCUCUCACAAAGACGCUCCUCUCCAUGUGGUGCUAAACGUUUCCGCGUUCAAUAGCUGGCUGUCUGUAGCGAGUGGAACACAUGGAUCACUUUGUUUUGUAACUUCGGUAGUUAGCUCAUUAUUAUCAUGCUCCUGUCAUCGUUUAUACAUUUCAGCACACCAUCCAGAAGCCUUCCAAUAAAAACGUGUACGCGGUGUUGCCAAUACAGUACAGGAAGGAGCGUCCGUAUAGUCGACACCCCAGUGUUGUUGAAGAACGCGUUGACGUUCAACCGCAGUGGUGGACACGGCGGAAAGCAACAAUACAUUGGGUUGAAGAGCUCGCAGAAGAGAUGCUUUUCAUCUGAAUGUGACGAGGUUGGUCAUCAGCAUGGACAUGGUGAUGUGAGAGUGAGGUUCGCUCCGAGUCCAACAGGUUUCCUACACCUGGGGGGGCUGCGUACAGCUCUCUACAACUAUAUCUACGCUAAGAAGUAUGGAGGAAGCUUCAUCUUACGUAUGGAAGAUACAGACCAGAGCAGACUGGUGCAGGGAGCUGCAGAGUCUAUAGAGGAUAUGUUGGAGUGGGCUGGUAUCCCCCCAGACGAGAGUCCCCGUGGAGGAGGCCAGUACGGUCCCUACCUCCAGUCCCAGAGGCUGUCCCUGUACAGCCAGGCUGCUGACUCCUUGGUCCAGACAGGGAAGGCCUACCACUGCUUCUGCAGCCAGCAGAGACUAGAAUUACUGAAGAGAGAGGCCCUACGCAGUGGACAGACCCGCGGUGAGUAUGACAACAGGUGCAGACACCUCCCAGACCAAGAGGAGAAGCUGGAUCAGAAGGUCCCCCCGAUGAUCAGGUUCCGACUGGAGUCUGGAGUAGAACCCUUCAACGACCUGGUCUUUGGCUGGAACCGUCAUGAGGUGGCCCAGGUUGAAGGAGACCCUGUUGUGUUGAAAGCUGAUGGUUUCCCCACCUAUCACCUGGCUAACGUAGUAGACGACCACCUGAUGAAGGUCAGCCACGUCCUGAGAGGAUCAGAGUGGCUCAUCUCUACCUCCAAACACCUGCUGCUGUACAGGGCUCUGGGCUGGAAGCCCCCUGGUUAUGGCUCUGGGCUGUUCGGACACCUUCCUCUCCUCCUCAACAGAGAUGGCAGUAAGCUCUCCAAGAGACAAGGAGAUAUCUACAUACAGAGUUUCCAGAGGAGUGGGGCCCUACCUGAAGCACCUGAUAUCACCACACACUGUGGAUCUGGCUUCAACAGUAAAGUGUUGGUCUUAACAAGACACUACCUGUCUCUGUCUGUCUCUGCCCUGCUAGACCUGGACAAACUACCUGAGUUUAACAAGAUCCACCUGCAGCAGCGUAUCGAUGACGCGGUGCAACGCGAUUGGCUGGUGAGGGAUCUGCAGGGGCGGAUCCAGGAAGUGUACGGGACACAAGUCCAGGAUCAGGAUGUUCUGCAACCAGAUUACAUCACACGGGUUCUACACCUGCGCAAGGGUCAUAUCUCCUCUGUGUCUGUCUCUCUCUCAGGGUCAUAUCUCCUCUGUGUCUGUCUCUCUCUCAGGGUCAUAUCUCCUCUGUGUCUG